AUGAAUGAGUUUGUGCCCCGCACACAGUCGAUUGCCGAUGUUUACCCCGCCGAAACAACCAGCGACUCCGGCCUCGAUAUAGAUCAGGUUGCCAGAUGGACUGUCUUUCUCAAACGGUUUAAGGAGAUCUAUGACGACAUCCCUGAAAUUGUUGCCAGGAGCCCAGGCCGUGUGAACAUUAUUGGAGAGCAUAUCGAUUAUUCGCUCUAUGAUGUUCUUCCCGCCGCAUUGCGUGUUGACGUCUUGAUUGGUGUUCGGGCCUACAGAAUACCCGGCCCAGAUGGCAUUGUGAAGCUGGCAAACUUCAACGCUACCAAAUUUCCGGGCCAGGAUUUCUCUGUUCCUGGCGGAUGUGAUGUUGAAUUUGACAUCAACAAGCAUGAGUGGGCUAAUUAUUUUAAAGCAGGUAUGCGGAUAGCUCUCCAUUUUCUCCGCGCAAAGUCUAGCGGGAACCCUUCUCCACCACUGCGCAUGAAGGUACUAGUAGAUGGCAACGUUCCCCCCGGAGGUGGAGUUUCCAGUAGCGCAGCAUUGAUUUGUGCCAGUGCGCUGGCUACAGUUAAGACGCACGGAUAUAACCUUUCGAAGCAAGAGCUCCUGGAUUUAUCCUUAGUAUCUGAGCGCAGCGUAGGGGUGUAUUCUGGAGGCAUGGACCAAUCCGCAUCUGUCUUCUGUCGCAGUGGAUAUCUUCUUUAUACCCAAUUUUACCCAACAUACUGCAUUGCCAAUCUGCCAAUUCCGAAGUCCAAGCCGGAGAUAACAUUUUUGGUGGCGCAAAGCUUUGUUAUCUCUAACAAGGCCGACACCGCUCCCACCCGCUAUAAUCUGAGGGUUGCUGAAUGCACUCUGGCAGCACUGGUUUUAGCAAAACUGCACAAGGUUACUUUAUCACCAGAUACAAGCCCCCUAAAUUACUGUCUUCGCUCCUUUCACCAGGAGUUGAUGCAACAGGAAGGGCGCUUAAACGAUCCCCUCGAAUACCAAUUGGAUUCUAUUAUCUCUGGUGCAACAAAAUUACUCAAACAGGACAAAGGCUAUACCCGGGAAGAAAUUGCCAAAAUUCUCGAGAUUUCCGUUCCCGAUUUGGAGUCAACCCAUUUAUCUGCCUUUCCGGUCAAGGCAGACCGUUUCUAUCUGCGCCAGCGCGCUCUCCAUUGUUUUAAAGAAGCACGGCGUGUUAUCGACUUUACUGCCUGUCUAACAAAAUCAGACCAUAUAGAUAACCACAGGCUCAAGUACCUUGGCCAACUUAUGAACGAGUCACAGGAAUCUUGUCGUACCCUAUAUGACUGCUCGUGUCCUGAAAUCAAUGAGAUGUGCAAAAUUGCCCGUGAUGCCGGCGCCCUUGGAAGUCGUCUAACUGGUGCUGGCUGGGGUGGAUGUACUGUGAACAUGAUUCCUCAGACAAAGGUUGAAAGUGUAAUAUCAGCUCUGAAGAAGAAAUAUUAUGAAAAGCGAUCAGAGCUGACUGAGGAACAAAUGAAAGUGGCAAUGGUCAUUAGUAAGCCUUCAACCGGAGCAUUUGUGAUUCACGGCUCUGCCAUCACCGAUAUACUUUCUCCUUAA